UGCAGAUACGACAUCAUGUUCUGAAGGCUGCUCGAGGUGUCUGGCAGGGGAAUUCGCCGGAGAUGCCUCCGAAUUGCAGCUUCGACGAUGGGCACGAGAUCGUCGAGGUCGCCGGCGAGCCCGGUGCGCCGUCGGGGACAAUGCGGCUGAUGGACUUCAUCCCCAUCGACAUCUACAUCCCGUCCGUGGAGCGGGGCGCGCUCAGCAAGAGCCGUCGCAGGCGGCGGUUCCUGGACUUCCUCCGCGCCCACCCGUCCAAGGAUUGGUUCCUCCGCUCCACCUUCGUCGGCCGCCUCCGCCGCGGGGGCCACCAGGCGUCGCCGGGGGGAACAGCCGAGGAUAGCGACAGCGGCGGGCGCCGCAGCCCUCGGAGGCGGUUCCGCGUGCCGUUCGUGCGGAAGAUCAAGUGGGGCAAGCUGUGGAGCUACGCGGCGAGCUGGUGCAAGAAGCCCGAGAACUUCGCGAUGAUCAUCUGGCUGGCGUUCGUCGCCGCCGGCCUGCUUCUGCUGUUCAUGCUCAUGACCGGCAUGCUCGACGCCGCCAUCCCCGACGAGGAGCGGCGCAAGAAGUGGACGGAGGUGAUCAACCAGAUCCUGAACGCGCUCUUCACCAUCAUGUGCCUGUACCAGCACCCCAAGAUCUUCCACCACCUGGUGCUGCUCCUCCGGUGGCGCCCCGACGGCGACCGCGAGGAGAUCCGGAAGGUGUACUGCCGGGACGGCGCCGCGCGCCCGCGCGACCGCGCGCACAUGCUCGUCGUGGUGACCUUGCUCCACGUCACCUGCUUCGCCCAGUACAACUGCUGCGCCCUGUUCUGGAGCUACGAUCGCAAGGACCGCCCGGACUGGGCGCUCAACAUCGGCUACGGCCUCGGCACGGGGUGUCCGGUCAUCGCCGGACUCUACACGGCGUACAGCCCGCUGGGACGGAAGCAACCCGACGAGGCCGACACGUCGUCGUCGUCGUCGGCCGGAGCGGGGCAGGAGCAGCAGGGCGACCGGGCCGGGGACGACAGCCGGCAGGACGUGGAGAUCAUGGUGUACAACCGCCGCGUGGUGGUGAGCAGCCCGGAGUGGAGCGGCGGGCUGUUCGACUGCUGCGACGACGGGACGGUGUGCGCGCUGUCGGCGGCGUGCACGUUCUGCGUGUUCGGGUGGAACAUGGAGCGCCUCGGGUUCGGCAACAUGUACGUGCACGCCUUCACCUUCAUCCUGCUCUGCGCCGCGCCGUUCCUCAUCUUCAGCGUGACGGCGCUGAACGUCCACGACGACGACAUCCGCGACACGGUGGCGGCCGUGGGCGUGCUCCUGGGCCUCUGCGGCUUCCUCUACGGCGGCUUCUGGCGGUCUCAGAUGCGGAAGCGCUACAAGCUCCCGGGCGGGCGCGGCUGGUGGUGGUGCGGCAGCGCGGCCGUGGGCGACUGCGCCAAGUGGCUCUGCUGCUGGAGCUGCGCGCUGGCGCAGGAGGUGCGGACGGCCAACUUCUACGACGGGGAGGGCGACCGGUUCGUGGCCGUCGUGGGCGCGCGCAACGGGGAGGGGCGCCCCGUGCUGGUGCCGCUGCCGCGGGAGGCGUCCGCCACGACGCACGCGCCACGGAGCAUGUCGUGCCCGCCCAAGCUCCACGGCGCGGCGGGCGGCGACGGCGGUGGGGUGACGAGCUCGUUCGCCAUGGAGAUGGCCGCCGUCGCCGCAAUGGGGAGGUCGGCCACGUACCACCCCAUGAGGGCGCCGCUGCCUCCCCUGAUACAAAUGGACCGAGAAGAGUAGGACUGUAGGCGGACAGUCUACUCUACCACAUCGUAUUCAGAAACUAUAUACACGUGUCGUAGCUGUGUCCUUGUGUAGAGUAAUUUUGUUGAGGUACCCUGUACGG